AUGACGGCAGUGGUAGAGUCACAUAAUUCAGGACGAACACAGGCAUUUGCCCUCGGAAAACUCCGUGCAAAGCUUUUGACGGGCGCCAUCAGCAGCGACGUGGAUGCAGCAGAGAUAGCAGCUCAAGUGAUACGUGCAUUUCCUGAUUGCAACACCAAUGUCCUGGCCGGUGCGGUAGCAUGGCGCGAUCUCUGUGCGAUGACGGGACGGUUGCGAACAUUCCAUGGCAGCAAUUCGGUUCAAACAACAGGGAAGGCCCCAUCGGCCGUUGAAUCCAAGGGCUUUUGCUUUGAUGCAGAAGUCAAGUAUGGUCGUCCAGGUGGUGCCCGAUCUUGCGUGGAUACAAGCACGCUUCGUAUUCAAGACUAUCAGCUCUUGUUCUGGCUUGAUGUGCAUUGCUCGGGAAGAGGAUGA